GUAGGCGUUGCUAUGGGCGGUGCCUCCCGCACCUCCGCGCUCGGCGCUCCGCUGCUCAGGUCUACGGGGCCGUCCGUCGAGUUCGGGCGGCGGGGAGAUGCUGCUCGGCGCCGCCGCUUGAGCCGCGCUGCCAGGCAUGGGGCUGGGCUCGAGCUCCGAGCUCCCGGACGGCGGCGCCGAGGGCUUCCACGUACACGGGGUUCAGGAGAACUCCCCCGCUCAGCAAGGAGGGCUGGAGCCUUUCUUUGACUUCAUCAUUGCGAUAGGACACACCAGGCUGAAUAAAGAAAACAAUAUGUUGAAAGAUCUACUGAAGGCAAAUGCUGAAAAAGCAGUGAAACUGGAGGUGUAUAACAUCAAAACAAUGAAGAUAAGAGAGGUGGAGGUGGUCCCCAGUAACAUGUGGGGAGGACAAGGUCUUCUUGGAGCCAGCGUGAGGUUCUGCAGUUUCCAGGGGGCCAAUGAACACGUGUGGCAUGUUUUGGAUGUUGAACCUGCGUCUCCUGCUGCUGUAGGUGGAUUGCAGCCGUACACUGACUACAUUGUUGGAUCUGAUCAGAUUCUGCAGGAGUCAGAAGAUUUCUUCUCACUGGUUGAGUCCCAUGAGGGAAAGCCACUGAAGCUGAUGGUUUAUAACACUGAAGCAGACUCCAUUCGAGAGGUAGUUGUGACUCCCAAUGGAGCUUGGGGUGGAGAAGGAAGUUUGGGGUGUGGUAUCGGAUAUGGCUAUUUGCACAGGAUUCCAACACAGUCAAUAAUAUCAAAGAAAAAGCCUGAAAGCAAACCACCUUCGCCUUUACCAGAAGCUGGAACUCCUGUACCAUCUACUAAUGGUUACACAGAGGCUCCGUUAUUGGCACCUACUUCUCAAAGUGACAACUCUGAAGUAGUUAUGAACCUGGAUCAAUCCACAGGCCAAGAAACGAGUGGGUAUUCACCAGAAAGCUCACUUUCUCCUCCUCCCCCUCUCCAGAGAGUUAUGGAUCCAGGGUUUCUCGACAUGUCUGGUAUUUCACUUCCUGAGCUGACUGACUUAACAAACGUGUCCAGCAUUUCUUCCUCAGCCUCCUUCAGCAUGCCAGCAGCAGGCUCUUUUGUAGGCACUGAAAAGCUCAUGUCAAACAGUGACCCUUCUGCUUAUUUUGAGAACACCACAGCUUCGAGCCCUGAAGAUAUCAUGAAGAAUCCUGAAGGCUCCGCCAGGCAGCCACAGUUGGACCACCUUCUGCCUACAGCAACAUCUUUACCUUCUUUUACUCUUCCUAAUGAAAUUUCUUCAAAAACAACACUAGAAACUGACCCCCAAAACCAAGAAACAGUACUCAUAAACAGUUUUGAGAGCUCAUUACCCACUGCUCAGAUGAAACCUGAUGAUGAAGCAGUACCUGAACAGAAAGGGGAAGAAGCUACACAAAGGCAUGAGUGAAAUGGAUGCUGCUUCUGUUUACAAAUGAAAGUAUGCUGUAAAAUUAGUUUGGAAUAUUUUUCUGAUAUUGAAAGAAUGACAUCUGUUCUAUUUUGUUAGUGUAGACAACACUAUAAAAAAAACAUAUCCAGAUGAACUACAUAUUUUAUUGUCUUCUGCAACCAUUGGUCUGCAUUCAAACUUUGAAUGCCAUCCAAAGUCACCAAAUGCAAGGCAAAAUUAAUGUGGAAACCAGUUGGAGAAUGAUCUUGAAUGGAAUGAAAUGUCUUGAGUUUCUGUAGUGACAAAGGAAUAGCUUUUCCUCUGCUUUUCUAUUGGCUGUUUUCAUACAAAUCAUUAAGACACAGGGGUACAUCAUGGUGCAGCAGCAUUUAUUGCUUUUUGUAGCUUUAUUUUUUUAUCUUGUUUGCACUUGUUUUCAAAUAGCUUCUGAAGGUGUGGUGGAUGGUGAAUAGUAAAUCUGAAAUGAACAAUGAAAAACAUGAGGGUGUUUUUAUACCUCUCAAGGCAGUGAUUUAUCACUGAAUUUCACUACUUCUGAUUGGGAAUACCUUCAGUGUAGUUGGUACAGUUAACGUGGUGAAAAUCCUCAACGAAUGAAGGGAAUUGGGUACCUAUGGGUCAAACUGUUCUUUAUAGUCCAGUCGUUGUUUUAAACACAGUUUUGAUGUAAAACAAGGCAGCCCUGCCUGUAGCAGAGGGGGUUGGAGCUUAAUGUUCUUUGAGGUUCUUUCCAACCCAAGCCAUUCUAUGAUAUGAUUCUAUGAAGUCAGGAGGGUCAGAAUACUUUCUUCCUGCUUAGAAGA